CACAAAACGUCCCGGAUAAAUACGACUUGUCAAGGGUUGUCAUGUGAAAUCUGCGAGUGAUAUUUUUUGACACUUUUGCACUUAUUGUCGGUGGUCAGGUUCAAUGUCAGAAACUUUAUCAUCAUUUAGCUUUGAUCAAGCAAGUCAGCCAGCUGUUCAAUGUUUUCUGGAGCAGGCUUGUCAGUUACUCGCACACCACCAUCAAGCCCCUGUUCAAAAAAAUGUAUGCAGUAUCCUCCACCACUUCCUUGUCCACCAGCACAGCCUUCCUUAAUUCCUCUGUCAGUUUCACCUGAAUGCAAAAUUCCUGCUUCCCCAGUACCUCUCCCAGUUGAAGCAAAUGACCUUCAUUUGUCUAUUCUCCCAGUUUCACUCACUGUGCAAGAUGCUGCUGUACCUUCUUCCAACAGUUCAGCUUUUUUACCUCCACCACCCCCACCACCUCCCCUGCCUCCACAACUUGGAAUGUCACCUUGUCAUGGCCCACCUCCUCCACCUCCUCCUCUCCCUGGAAUUUUUACCCCUCCACUGUCAGGCCUUGCUGCCCUAAGAAAACCUUCUGCUUCAAGAAAGAAAGCCAUCACGCCAGCAUCCCCAAUGAAACCACUGUUUUGGAAGCGUAUACAGCUAAAUCAAGUGUCAGACUGUAACCCAGAAUUAAAAGCAAGUGAAACAGUGUGGGCAACACUUGAAGAACCAGUUAUCAAUGUUGAUCACUUUGCUGAAAUGUUUGCGAAAGUGGGGAGAAAGACAGAAGGAAAGCUUCUCUCUUCCAGAUGCAUGCACAGAACAAAACAGGAGGUUGUUCAUUUGCUGGAUAACAAGAGAUCACAGACUGUGGGAAUCUUCCUCAGCAGUCUUCAUGUCAACAUGGAUGAAAUAGAAGAUUCACUGUAUAAUGUGAACACCUCUAUUUUGGAUCAAGAAAACUUGCAAUCUCUCUACGAAAUUAGGCCCACAGAAGAAGAACUUCAAAAGAUUGUUUCUUUCAGUCAGAAAAAUUCUGAUGCAGUACUUGACAGACCAGAGCAAUUCCUGAUGGAUUUAUCAAGAAUCAGCUGCUAUGAGGAACGGCUGUGCUGUAUGAUGUUAAAAACAACAGUUACUGACAGCCUGUCAGAGAUUGGACAGAAGCUCACCAACUUUAGAUUGGUUUGUGAGAUGCUCAAGUCAAGUAAGGAAGUCACCAAUGUUCUGGGUCUGGUACUUGCCUUUGGAAAUUAUAUGAAUGGUGGCAAUAUUGCUCGAGGACAAGCAGAUGGUUUUGAGUUGGAUAUCCUUCCUAAACUUAAGGAUGUGAAAUGCAAAGACAAUUCCACUAACCUGCUACAUUAUCUUGUAAACAUUUAUAUUAGAAAGUUUGAUAAGAAUGCUGGAACUGUAAAUUCCAAGUUUCCGCUGCCAGAACCAUCUGACCUCAAAGCAGCAUCCCAAGUGACCUUUGAAGACACAGAGGCAGAGAUCAACACCCUGAGAAAGCAACUAGAUACAUGUGAUAGAAAGCUCUCAAACGUAUUAAAAGAAAGCGAGGAAAAGCUGCACCAGCCAUUCAGUGAUGUGAUGAGUUCCUUUCUGGCGAAGAGUCAAGAUGAGAUAACAGCACUGGAUCAAGCACUAACAGAAUGUAAGAAAAGGUACUCAAGUCUAUGGAGAUACUUCAGUGUUAAACCCUCAGCUACAUGCAGUCCACCACAAGAAUUCUUUGAGCAUUGGACCCACUUUAGUUCUGACUUCUUGCUAUUCUGGAGGAAGGAACAACAAGUUAUUGCCAAAGACAUUUACGAAGAGACAAAGAGAAAAGUUUAUAAAGAAAAAGUGGAGGGAUUGGCCGUGAAACCUGCAACUGCGACCGGUUUAAAGCUAAAGAUUCCUCUACUUCAAGUUGAAUUACAACAGUUUGUAACAAUUACAGUAGGAGGAAAUGGAGAAUAAUAGCAAGAUAUGGUUACACUAAUUAUUAUAAGCUCUUGAAUUAAAUUACAUUUAUUUUAGGAUGAAAUUUGACGGAUCUAUAAUGUAAUCAUACAAUAGUUGGCAAGUAUGUAAUUUAACAAUGUCAGGAAGCUGAAUGGGGCCAAGGUUUAUUAUGGGUAGUAAUAUUAUCGCGAAGCGGCACGUUGUUGACGAUUCAAACAACGUAGUUUUGUAAUCUCACCAAUUGUAGCUCUAAUUGUAAUAAUGGAGCUUCUUAUUACCCCACAGUACGCAAGAAUAGCAAAUGAUAUACACCUGCUUGCAUAAUAAAUACUUGUCAGAGAUCUCA